AUGCACCACCUCCGCCGCUUGCCGAGCGCGGCCUCCUUCUCAUCCAUGUUCGGUGGACCUCCCCCUUCGUCCGACACGACACCGACCUCGCCGUCGUCCGAAGCGAGAAGUCGAUCCUUUUCGAUCGCGUCGUCGAGCCUUGCCGAUGCGCUCGACAACGACAUCCACACCGGUCUCCACCUCUAUGACGGAGAAGGGCCGUCGUCGCCGAUCAUUGACGAGGUCAGCAUCGCGAACAGCGAAAUCAUUGCCGCUCUCGAAGCGUUGCAGAUCACCCAGCGCGCAGGGUAUUCCGAGCGAUUGCGAUUGAUCGCCAAGAUCCAGCACAUCAUGAUUGAUCAGGUUCGUUUUCAUUUCUCCUGCCGAGGUGUUACUUCGCCAUCGCCUCGAACUUGCUCGAGCUGACACGCUCAUACGUCGAUCCCGAGCAGCCCGAAACUCGAAAUGCUUUCCGCGAGCACGGUGGAUUCCUCAAUGCCGUCUCCGUCCUCGCAUCUCUCGAGGAGCGAGCAGCGGCCGAAAAUCAUGGCGGGGUCGGCAUCGAUACGUCCGAGCAACGGCACGAACUGCGGUACGAACUCGUCAAGCUCGUCUUCGCCGUCCUGGCUCUUGCCUUCGAAGGGCAUGACGUCAACCGGUCGACGUUCAACGACACGGUCGGGUACGAGGCUGUCGGCGAGGCGAUCAAGUUGAGUGGGCUCAUGGAAGCACAAAUAGACGAUAAGGACGUAGCAUCUGGCUCGUCGACGACGGUCGAAGGAUCGCCCGCUUCCCCCACUCCCGCCGAAAAGCUCUUCUCGAUCCUCUACGCGUUCCUCACCACCGACUUCUCCUCCCUGCCAAUCUACUCUUACCUUCGGCGGCACCUCAACUCGCCCUCUCCGGCCGAAACGGAAUCUGCUCCCGUGGUGUUUGACGCCGAUGCCAAGCCGGUAGAGGCGGUGAUUGAUCUUGCCGCCGACGCGGAACGUAUCGUCGUCUUGCUGGCCGAACGCGCCGAUGCAGUCCGGGAAUCAGGAGGCGAGGCGGCCGAACACCCCGAGGUCGUGCCGCUGAUGCUCAACUUGGCGUCUCAACUCGGCGAGAAUGAGAUCAUGCUGCGCUUGUCCGUGCUGUCCUCUCUGUUGCAGCUCAUCUGGAGCUCGACACGGUCCCAGGUCGCGCUUAACGAGGUUGGGCUCGUCGGGAUCGCCUUGUCGAGGCUGAUCCCGUCUCAGGAGCAGAAGCAAGACGACCUGUCGCCGGUCGAGAGAGACCUUUGGAUCAAGUUGAUGCAGCGAACCCUCGAAAUGGGCUCCGAUACGCACAACUCGCGGCGGCUGUUCCAACUCGCCGUCAAGGGGUGGCAGGGGACGGACGAGGAGGAAACCCUCGACGAAGAGGUGCUUGAACUGAUCCUCAUCGGGGUGCGGCGGUCGCGUUUCCCGAGCUUCAUCCACUUUGACCUGUCUCCGACAGGCUAUUCGGCUCUCGUGCUUCCUUCGCUGGGCCGCGUCUUUCCUCCGGCGACCGUCGGCUACACCUUCAUGGGGUGGAUCUCGAUCGACGUGCCUCCGCGAGCAGGGGACAGCUUCAGCGUGCUGGGAUACGGCGACUCGGCGGGAAAAUGCCAUCUCCAACUCAGCAUCACGUCGGAUCUCCAGUUCGCGGUCUCGACCUCCCCUUCCAAGCCCCCCGUCGUCUUCACGAACCACUGGCUGCAGUUGGGCAAGUUCCAGCACGUCGCUCUCGUCCACCAGCGACCCAAGUACGUGCUUUCGUCCCCGAUAUCUCUCUACGUCGACGGACAACUCGUCGAUACGAGCAAAAUCGCGUACCCGACGGCGCCGCCCAAGGACUCUGACGUGCAAGCAUGGCUCGGAACGCCGACGGAGCGCGUCGCCGAGGGUGGGCUUGGGAAGGGGAUGAAUCGAGUCAAGUGGAACCUUGGGCCGACAUGGCUCUUGCACGCGGAGCUGCCGGAGCAGAUGAUAUACGUGUGCUGGACGCUCGGCCCUCGCUACGCGGGCCUAUUCCAGGACCAACUGGGCCAGUUUCAAACGAACGCCUCGUCGACGGACCUCAACGUGCGGCUCGAGAUCGCGGCCUCGAAUGGGAACGCUCAACCGGCGACGCAGGCGCUGAUACAAGCGAUCCGCGAACGGGGGAGUGCGGUCGUCCCCGACCACAAAAUAUAUUUCGCCUUCUCGGCGCUCAACGUGCUCGCCGCUGGCUCGUCCAGAGGGAUCCUAGGGACGGGACUUUCGGACCGGGCUCGACAGGCCCUCGCUUCGACGGCAGCCUCGCCGAGAGGCAAAGCGAUCGUCAACUCGGCCAUUCCGCGCAAGAUCGACGAUGUCCUCCUGAUGCCGAAUGGGUUGGGUCACUUGACACAAGCGCACGCGUGCAACCCGAGAGGACUCGAUGCUGCGGUGUGGAAGAUUGGGGGCGUCUCGGUAGUGACGAAGCUCAUUGAGCUGUCCAAGACGUCGGCACAGCUCGCUACGACGGUGCAGCUGUUUGUCGAAUGCAUUCAAGAUAGUUGGAGGAACAGUGAGGAUGCGGGCAAGUCUAGCAUCUAGGUCGAGUGAAGCUAAUAAAGCCUUGAACUGAACUCGAGUUUUGCUCGACAGAACGAACACAAGCCUACGAAACGCUGGCCUAUUUGCUCCGGCACAAAGCGAGCCUCAUCGAUGCCCGCACCCAUGAUAUUAUACUGAGCUUUUGCGGUCUCGAUGUGGACGAACCGACACGCUCCAUCGUUUCCAACGUCCUCGCCUUCCGCUUCAUCAUCCUCGACCUGGUACUAUGGGGCGCCACCGACCUGCCAAUGCAGCAGCGCCACCUUCAGCGCCUGCGCGACUUUGUCCAGCGCAGCGAACACGCCCCUUUCAACAUGCGACGCGUCGUCAAGAUGCACCUUGUUCGCAAGCUACUCUUUGCGCUCCGAGCUGGUUUGUUCUAUCCUUCGAUGAACGAUGAGAUCGUGGACUUUUUGAUGCUCGUCGUGACAGCCCACUUCUCAACCGAGACGGUGCGCCAUGUUGCGACCUUCUUGACGGCUACGCUUUGCCAAGGUGAGUCGUGACCAGAGCGUAGCUUUGGGCGCUACGCUGAGUUGACAUACUCAAUUCGGACCUGUGCAGUUGUCCACGUCUCGGCCCACCCCAUAGAGCCGGCAGAGAAUAUCGAUAGCCCCGAUCCCGAAGCCGAGAACCCGGCCGAAGCGUUUGUACUGGACGUUCGGCGACUCGACGCUGGAUCAUAUGCGGCUUCACUCCGUGUAUUGUCGGCGCUGCAUGACCUCGUGCUAGGUACCGAAUCGACGCAAGCGCUCGCCAAGUUUGCCAAAGUUAUCACGACGAAAUGGACGCUACUGUUCAUUCUUGAUCGGACGGCGCCGCCGCUUGCUGCGGUGCUGAGCUUGCGCAUCCUUGUCCGGCUUCUGCAGACGCAGGGUUCGGCGUUCGCGGCCAAGUUUGCAAAUUCGACGGAUGGUUAUCAGAUGCUUCGGAGUGCGACCCCGCACCUGUGGAACUUUGGCCAGAUCCACCUCGCGCUCUUUGCGCUGCUGCACGGUCGCGACAUCUCCAAAGUCUCGCUCGAUGCCGACUUCUCUCCCUCGGUAUUUGCGACCUGCUCGGUCGACCUGUCACCCCUCGCGUCCGAGGUCGUCCGGGUCCUCGUCGCCUGCGUCGCACGAGGCGUCAUGGUCCUCGAGCGUAAACCUGCCGAGGCGGUGACGAGGGAAUUUCUCACUCCGCAGAUAGGGAGCGACAAGUCGCCGGCUCUGAACGGCGGCGAGGAUCCUAAGCCGAGGUUACGGACACGCCUUUCGCUGGCUCGUGGAUUUGAUGUCGUUCUGGCGCUAUUGAACCAAGCCAAUCGCGCGACCACGGGCUCCCACGACCAUCUCGCAACGUCGGCCGUGGCGCUCCCCGAUCUCGUAGCGGCGCUCAAACCUGCCUUGCGAGUCGUUGGCGAGCUCGAGUACGCACCGGCUGAACACGUCCCCUCGUUGCCGAUCAUCACACCGCGGAACGGCUACCACUUUGUCGCCACCGUCCGCCGAGGAUCCCGCGUCUCCCUCGAUUCGUUCUCCUCGGGGCCAGCAGAGGAAAGUGCCGGGCUCGGAGUACUUGGGGUGCCCCUUUCCACCUCGAACUCUUCCAGCCUCGAGGCCUCACUUGCGUCGCCACUCUGGACGUCGGUCAUGCCCGAUGGCCAGUGGCCACCGAUCCUUGACGAUCCCAAAACGAUGGGGCCCGCCGCGACCUCGCUGCUAGACUUUCUGUCGUCUCAAGUCACGGACGCCAUCACCACGCGCCAUGUCAAGCGAAUGUCAAUCAGUGGCUUCGAUCUUCCGAUGACAUCGGCGGAACCACCUUUGCAAAUCUUGCGCGACAUGAUCGACGCCUCGGCUUCGUCGGACCUCCGCUCGCAAGCCACGUUUCGCACGUCGCUGCUCCGCGCCAUCACGGACAGGCUGACGCGUGCUAGCACGGCGACGAUCGUGGCGAACCGCGUCGCCAACUUUGUCGAGUUUGCGACCGAGCAAGCCUUCCAAGGAUGGUACGUCGAUAUUGUUCACCUCAUCAAGUUCGUCCUCUCGUACAUCGAGAAACUGCUCGACGAGUCGGCCCUGUCGGUCCCGCUGGAUGCGGCCAAGCCGUUCGUGCAGUUGUACAAAUCGGCGAAUCGAUUGGUCUUGCUCGCCCUUGCCGACGACCUCGAAGUACCCGAGACGGUGCUCAACGUCCUGGUUCAUCACCAGCUCACGCUCUUCGCGGGUCAAAACGCGGAGCCCGAGUUCUUCCGCCUGCUCGUGUACCGUCUCAGCGUUCUGACGAUCGCCUCGCGUGAACCAGCGCCCUUGGUCGACUUUUUCAAGUUGCUCGUGCUGCAGCGGUCGGGUGACGUCGAAGAUGCGCUGGGACAGCAGCGGAAACACGACUUUGAGCCGCCGUUCUCGAGCAAGGCCAUCGAUACCGACGUUGAAGGCUUUGUGACCUUGCUCAUGUCGAGUGAGCCGCAGAUCGAAGAACUGAGCGACUUUUGGGACGCCUUCAUCGCGGGCGAGGUGUCUCGGCUGCGACCGACCUUGGAGAAGGAGAUCGUGCGGUUGGAGGAGCUGGCCAUGUCGCUAAAGCAAAAACGCGAUGCGCAACGCAAGCGCAUGCGAACACAACGCACGGCGAUCUACGACUGGAGCGAAGGCAUUCACGAAGUCGAAGCGACCCGCGUCGCGCACACCCGCCAAGACUUUACCGAUCAUGCGGCCUACAUCCACGCCGAGUGGAUCGAUCGAUCGCAGGCGUUGUACAGGGAACGAGGCAUUUGGGGCAUGCCAUUACCGACAGAUCGAUGGCAACUCGAUUUCACCCAAGGACCAUAUCGAAUCCGCAAGAAGCUGCAGGCCGAGUUGCCGAAGAAGAUUGCGCUGCCGCCGGCGGAUACUUUAACUUCGAACCGGUACAGGCGGAUGGGGAACGGUUCGACGAGUCGUCACGAAUCGAUGUCGCAAUCACCCGAGACCACUCUACGUAAGUCCCGGAUCCAAGUCUAGAGAAAACCUAGACUGAGGAUCCAAGUCUAGAGAAAACCUAGACUGACCCACUCCGCUGUCCACAGUCAAAGUGCAAGCUGCGACACCAGUACCUCCCUCAUCGCCGGGGCAGAGUGACUUGCCGGCCGAAGAGUCGAUGUGGGUUGAAGGCGCCAGCAUGGAGACCACGAUGAUCGAUAGCGAGUCGCCCGAGCCGGUCACGGACGAGGAUAAGAACCGCAAGGUCAGAAGAUCGCUCGAAUCUGGAGACGUGAUCGAAUCCGUGUUCAACAUCAACCGCAUCGUCGGUCUUGACGCUGUCGCUGGGCUGUUGCUGCUUGCCAAGAAGAAUGUCUACAUUAUCGAUGGCUUCUUCCAGACCUCGUCGGGGGAUCUCGUCGAUGCGUGGGAGGCGCCAGAGGAGGUGAGUAUUCGAGCGAUGGCCUCAGCGACCCUCACUACAUGCUAAGCUUGGCUCUCUGUCGUUAUAGGAACGGGAUCGUCACCUCCAGACGCUGGCCGAGUUGGCCGGUCAAUCGACGGCUUCGGCCCACGAAGUCGACAUCGCUCACCGAAGUCGCCGAUGGGCGUGGACGGACCUGCUCGAGGUGCACGAGCGAAAGUACCUGUUCCGCAACGUCGCGCUCGAGCUCUUCUUCGCCGACGGUCGCAGUUUCCUCCUCACCUUUUCGAAAGAAAAGCGACAGGCCGCACAGAGUGGGAUCGCGGCUCGCAACCCGGGCUCGGUUGCUACGGGUUCGCUCCACAUUGUCGGCGCCACGCUCGGCGCCAAGUUCUCCGACGCCGUGCUGGGCCAAAAGACCAAGCUCGAGCACAUCACGAAGCGCUGGGAGCGGCGCGAGAUGAGCAACUUUGAAUACCUCAUGCAUCUCAACACCAUCAGCGGUCGCACCUACGCCGACUUGACGAACUACCCCGUCUUCCCAUGGGUCCUGGCCGAUUACCGCAGCGACUCGCUGGACCUGACGGAUCCGGCGACGUUCCGCGACCUUUCUAAGCCGAUGGGGGCCCAAAACCCGCAACGAGAGGCCGAGUUUGCAGAACGCUACCAGCAGUUGCAAGAGCUCGAGGACGGGACCAAGCCGUUCCACUACGGCACACACUACAGCUCGGCCAUGAUCACGGUCGGGUAUUUGAUCAGAUUGAGGCCAUUCACCGAAUCGUACCUCGACUUGCAAGGCGGCUUUGACCACGCCGAUCGCAUGUUCCACAACCUUGCCAAAGCGUGGGACUCGUGUUCGCGCCUGAGCCACUCGGACGUCCGCGAGCUCAUCCCCGAGUUCUUCUUCUUGCCCGAUUUUUUGCGCAACGCCAACGGUCUCAAGCUGGGUCUGCGGCAAGAGAGCGAUGCGCCGAUCGACGACGUUGCCCUGCCACCGUGGGCCAAGAACGACCCCCGACUCUUCAUCGAGCUGCACCGGAAGGCCCUCGAGUCGGACUACGUUUCGGCGCAUCUGCACCUCUGGAUUGACCUCAUUUGGGGCUACAAGUCUGGCACCGGAGACGAUGCGAUCAAGGCCGUCAACGUUUUCCACCAUCUUUCUUACGAGGGGGCAAUUGGUAAGCUCACCCCGAGUGUUCGUCCUUGCGAUCGCCGUACUGAGCAGGUAAUGCAUCCCCUUUUAGACUUGGAUUCGAUCGCCGACGUGGACGAACGGCGUGCAGCGACUUCGACCAUUCACAACUUUGGAAUGUGAGUCGUCAGAAACUCAUUCGAAAGCUCUCAAUCAGGAUCACGCGCUGAUCUCCUCUCGUCCCCAUGCGCCAGGACCCCCAAACAAUUGUUCUCAAAGCCACACCCGACCCGCAUUCCUCCGUUGGUCGCAAAGGCCACGAGGCCCAUCUUCAGCCACGAUAACUCUAUCGAGCAGCAGUACACGACGCUCAUCCAAUCCAUCGUGCCGGUCUGCGACGUUGGCCAGCACAUCUCGGCUAUCCACCCUUCGACGACGCCCGAAAAAACGACUGCGACGGGAUCACACACGCUCGCUUUCCCUGGGGAUGCCUCGCACUCGGUCUCGUGGGGGUACGCGGAUCAAGCCGUGCGUGUGCACGCCAAGGGCAACAAUAACCCUACAUCGCUGUUCGAAGGCAUGCAUUCCGAAUGUGAGAUCGCCUUCCACUACAAUGUCUAGCUACACAGCAGCAGCUGACCCAAAUGCACCUACCUUUUCCGCAGUCGUGUCCGCCGCUUGCUUUGCGGAUGUUCGCACCUUUGUCACGGCCUCGACUGAUACGAACGUAUCCUUGUGGCGGUGGCGGUGGAAGCACCACCAACGCGGCGAGGUUCAAUUCCAGCAGGUCGAGUGCCUUCGAGGCCAUUCAGAUCAGGUGGUCUGUCUCGCUGCCUCCCGACCGUACUCGAUCGUGGUCUCUGGAUCGGACGACACGACGGCCAUCAUCUGGGAUCUCAAUCGGCAGCGCGUGAGUGAACGCGGUUUCGUGUCUCUGCGGUUGGUGCAGCACCUGUCUAACUUUGCCUGUCCACCUAUAGUUCGUCCGUGUUCUGGAAGGGCACGAGGGGCGCGUACAGUUGGUCACCAUCGUGAGUCAAUAAAGAGCUCAAUCAAUGUAGAGCCUCGGUAGUCAGUUCUUUCAUCGAGCGCAUGCCGAUCCAAGCUCCAUUUACCCACAGAGCGAUACGACGGGAGACAUUGCUACCUGCAGCGGAUCCGCUCUCCGGCUUUGGACGGUCAACGGGGUACUCAUGGCGACGCAAUCGACGUCCAACUUCGUCGACCCCAUCACCGCCGUCGCAUUCUCACAGCACGAGACUGCUCCUCUUGUCGCCACGGGCCACCGAGGCGGGAGGAUCAUGCUGUGGGAGCGUGUGAAGUCCGACACGGAGCCGACCGGCUGGGCACUCAAGCUUGUCCACACGCUGCGGCACAAGGAUCGCCUCGACGCGAGACCCGUACCCGACAUUACGUGCCUCACCUUCACGCGCCGGCAGUUGUACUCUGGCGAUUCGAGCGGCCGGUGCUACCUCUGGUCGCCUCCAGGCGUCGAGCUGUUCCUUCCCGACUCGAUUGGCGGAGGGUCUUGCAUGGGUUGCAAGCAAGCCUUUGGAUUACUCGAAACCCGACGCAGGUGCUCAUCAUGUGCGGGAAUUUUUUGCACGAUGUGCACGACGACGAGUGUCGAGGUCGGGGGUCGCUUCUGCGCUAGCUGCUUCCGAGUGCUCUCGCCUCUUGCGGUCGUAGAGCCAGCGGCUCCGCUGACCCCCACCGUCGCCGAGGGCUGA